UGACUACUGUGCAUACGACUCUUUCGAAGCGCGCAGGAACGAGGCUCACCGCCCCACCCCACCCAGCAUGCAAUGCGGGCCAUGAUGCUACGAGUCGCCAUCGCAUUUGCGAUGUCCGAGAACCCGAUCUAGCAUCUGUCCAAUAUCUCCAUGAGCGACCCGGGAGAUCGGAUCCAUAUCACAGGAAUUCUGAUUUUGGCUGGUGGCUUUUUUGUGCGUGUGCACAGUUUUGGGGGCGGAGUGGAUAUCAGGCCUCGCGCUUUUCCUCAUCCUCAUCCUCGCUCCCUCCACCUCCUCCCCCCCUCCCCGGCCCGCCCGGCCGCUCGUUCAUCCACCGCAUCCUCACCGCGUCGCGCUCGGAUCAAGAGGGAUGGCACCGCCGCUCACGCUGCAGCCUGUGACGCUCGAGAACACGCUGGGGGCGGUCUUCCUCGGCCUCGUCGUCUCGUGCAUCCUGUUCGGCGUCAGCUCGCUGCAGAUGUACUUCUACUACCACCACUACCCGCACGACACGCUCCUUCACAAAUCCUCCAUUGCGGCUCUGUGGGUCCUCGACGCGCUGCACCUCAGCCUGACGGUCUACUCGACGUACUACUACGGUAUACUCGGAUUCGGGGACCCUUCUCGGCUGGCAUCUAUCAUUUGGUUCGUCGGUCCUAGUGUGUCGCAGUUGCACAUCGCGAUUAAUGUGGUCAUCAUUUUGUUGGUUCAGAGUUUGUAUGCCUACCGGGUCUGGAUUCUGGGUGGAUACCAUCACGGUAUUCUCGGAUACUUCGUCGCUGCGGUUGUGCUCGGUGGCUUCGGGAUCGGCAUAUGUGCGGUCACCGCAUGCAAAGUCUACUCGAUCUCUUCUUUCCGGCAGCUGCCGGACAUUGCGUGGGCCAUCGAGGCGUCGUUCGCUGCGUCCACCGCGAUUGAUAUUGUCAUCUCGUGUGCCAUGUGCUACUAUCUGAGGAAGAGCAAGGGCAAGGAGAGCCGCUUGAACAGUCGUAUUUCGGUGUUGAUGCAAUACACUCUGUCUGCGGGAGUCUUUACAAGUGCUUGCUCUGUGGUCUGCCUCUUCACGUUCAUUCUCAUGUCCGACAACUUCAUCUUCCUCGCGCUCACAUUUAUCCUCACCCGGCUCUACGUCACGUCGUUCAUCGCGAUGAUGAACGCGCGGGAACGGUCGUCCAACGGCGGCGUCUCGACGUUCGAGUCCUCCAGCCCGCGCGAAGUCCAGGUUCUGACGCAUCAGUGGCCCAUGGGCGGCGGUGCUGGAAUGAUGUCGUUGGAUGACCUGGAAGCGAACACUCAGCUCUCACCGGCCGACAGAAAGCGCAGCACCUUCCGCCCCCCAUCGCAAUACGGCUCGUCGCUGGCCUAUCCGCCAGCGUUCACCCGAAACGCGGGUGAUAAACACCACGGGUCGCUGGGUGAGGUAUGGGACGGGAGCGGCGCCAUCGGCAGCAUGGCAUCGAAGCACCACCACGCCCUCGGCAGCGAAUCUUCUCCUCGGGCGCUCUAAACCACUCUCCUUCGUUUCUCUCAAAAGGUGUUCUCAACAAUCGGUCUCCAAUCUAAUUCGCACAAUUCGCAUAUCGUCUGUAUUUCCUAGUAGUACAUAGCCUUUCGGUGGAACCCAGCAGCGUGUAAGUACUGUCGCUGCUUCGCGGGGAUGUAUGCACAGCUCAGAACCAGCGCCGCUUCCCCGCCUUGAGCCGAUCGCGUAUCUCCUCGUCCGUCAUAUGGGCAUAGAAAUCGCUCGCGUGGAUGCACACAAACUCGUCCCCUUCUCCGUCCCCAAUUCCGUCUACGGCCGACCCACCGGUCCACCGAAUCGCCAGCGCCGACGCGCGAGGGCACCCAAUGUCCCUGACGACGCGUGUGUGGUCGGCGAACUCGGCCCACCACAGCGAGCGCAGGAAGCUGGGCCGCGAGACACGGAUCGCACCGCCCGCCGAGAGCACGAACACCCCCGCCGCCGCCGCCGAUGGCUGUGCGCCCGCGAACGCGAGCACGAGGUCGGCGAAGUGCGGUGCGGGGAUCGGGCGGAGGAACGUGUCCUCGAGCACGAGCUGCUCCACGCGCCGCCCCACGGCGCGCAGCACCUCCGCGAGCCGGCGCACAGUCCCGUCGCGGGCGGUCGUCGACCGGAUCGUCAGCGUGCGCAACGCGGUUUCGGGCGGCAGCGCGGCGCCGAUGGGCGCGAGGAGCCAGAUGUCGUGCACGGACAGCCGGACGUGCCUGGCGUCGAGGGAGUCCCGGGAGAUGCCGUGCGACGUGAGGAAGGGGAGGAGCGCGAGGCGGCGGAGGCGGCGGGAGGUGUGGAUCGGUGCGUGGAGGGUGUGCGUCGAGGCGGCACCGAUGGGGAUGGUGCGGGUGCGUGCGCGGUCGUAGUGAGCUUCCACGAUCAUGGCUAGGAUCUCGUCGGGCAAGGCCGAGAGCGACGGCAUCGAGGUAGGAAUGGCGCGCGGGUGGUGGUGGAGAUUGGAGAGGUGGCGGUGGGAAGCCAGCGUGCAGCUUCCCGCUGGCAGCUGAUCGUCAGACUCUCCAUGCUGGGCGGGCUGUGUCUGAGAUUUCUAUGACAGCAGUCGUUGGAGGUAAAGAUAGAUAGAUGAUCACCGUAUGCAGACCUGUAGGAAGGAAGAUGUGAGACAAGU